GUAAAAUGCCUGGUGGUGCUGAACAUGAUGCCUAAUGCUUUUGAUGACCAAUACAUCGGCUGCGCUGAUAAAAUGGAUAAUGAUGCAUCUGAACUGCUAGAGAAAGAAAAAUCCUGGAACAAUCGACUGAAAAACGUGUGGGAUCAUUCAAAAACAAAAUGGGCAAGUGUAAAACCAAAACUCUCUCUGCCUACUAACUUUAAAGAUGAGUAUGGAAGAGCCAUUGUAGCCUAUACUAACAGCACUCCAUUGGACAAUGUAGUUUUUUCAACUGAAUUUAAUCAGGCAGUGAGAGGGAACGGGACAUCUCAAGCUCAUUACAUGGCCAAGUUCCAUUUCAAAGCCUUUCACUAUUAUUUGACAAGAGCCUUGCAGCUCUUACGUGGGAAGUGUGAUCAGAUGGUGUACCGGGGGGUUCCCGAUGAAUAUAAGCACACAGAAGGUUUUAUCAGGUUUGGACAGUUUGCUUCUUCCUCUCUUGAUGAACAAGAAGCUAAGAAAUUUGCUGAGAAGGGGCCAUCUGGCGCCUCCACAGUUUUCACCAUCCACACGUGCUUCGGCGUUGAUAUCAGUGAAUUCUCAUACAACCCAAACCAAAAAGAAGUGUUAAUCCCAAUCCAUGAGAUAUUUACAGAAGAUAAGGAUAACAUAUUUGUCCUCCGGAGCACAAAACAGACCUGCAACCACUUUAACUGCGCGUACCUGGGCG